AUGAGGCAACGAACUCGAAAUGAUCUUGUCCUACAAAACAUGGGGAACAGUGGAAGAGUAAGUUACUUUUUUCGAAUGUAAGUAAACCUGGCGUUAAAAUUUCUGGCUGCCAGACGCGUGCCUACGAAUAUUUCCCAUGCUUGCGCAACCACUUUAAGCCCUCUAUUGUUGCGAUAAUUGCGUUCAAAAGACGAGUCCAUCGAUAGCGCGCGAAUUCUUCCAGGCGAAUGGGUCCAAUGAAUAGAGCUCGGAUAUCUCACCCAAGGUAAUUUAUCCUGGAUAUCAGGCGCAUGGAAAAAAGGGUUUUUGGCGCCGGCGUUUGCUUGGAUUUCUUUCUGGAUAUAUUAUUUAUUGUUAGAGGGAUAUGAAGGUCAAAAGUCAUAUUAGACUUUAUUUAUGCUUCUUUUUUACAAAUUUUUGUGAUUAAAUAAUUGGCGAGAAGUUGACUUUUUGCAGCUAUGGAAACAGUUUACAAAAUGCUCGUAGUAAGCAAAAAGCUAGGAAAAGAUUACUACUACGAAGCAUGCCAUCCAAACCUGUAGGGUUUGUGUUGUUUGCAACUGGGAUAGUAAUGGUCCAAAAUUUAUCAAAAUUACAUUUCUGGAUCCUGCAGAGCCUUCAUUUUUAUCUUACAGUUUGUCGGGAAAAUCAUGAGCACUCUGUCGCAUUGAAAAUCGCAUCGCCGCCGAGGAAGUGAAUUGUGUCGCGGCCAAGUCAAGUUGCUUUUCAAUUCAGCGAUACGAUCGGGCAGCGAAAUUGUACUCAUUAUUUUCCCGACAGACUGAUAUGUUUUUUUAGGCUUAAAAGCCCUCAGGCAACCUGGAAUCUUUAUUUUUUCUGAUUUCACCGGCAGGACAUAGAAAAUCGGUCGUUUUUUGAAUGAAAAUUGAAAAUUUUUGUCUAAAUUUAAUUUUGAAUUUCAAAGUCCCUGAGGCAAUGUUGCAAUAAAAAAGCUAGAUGAGUAAAAAAGGCCGACCCAAAAAUAUAAAAAAUAUAGUUUUCACAAAUUUUGGACUAUUAUUUUUAAAGUCUUUAGCAACUAUACCAUCUCACAGUCACUUAUCGCCCAGCCUGCAGCAUAAUCCACUAAAAAUUUCAAUUUUUCCUCCCUUUCAGAUGUCCGGACAAGACGACCGUCUCCGCCAGAUCUCUUCGAAUCCCCCCAACCUCGUUGAACAAUGCGUUGAGGUCUUGAAGUCCCCGCAUCUGCCGAAUCGCCUUCUCGCGUUGAAUUUUGACCCCCAUUCCUCGCCGCAGAGUUCCGCGGAAAAUAUCGGAAUUCAAAGUCAAGACGAUUACUUGGCCCUGAAGAGAAUGCAUUGGCAAAAGCAGGAGAAAUGGCAACAGGAAAUGAACCAGAAUUUCGAAAGACAGGCGAAUCAAGCGGCCGUGCAGAACGGAAUGAAUGUGAAUCGAUGGUAAGUUGUUUGGGAAGGACAGUGUUUUAAAAUUAUUUGAGAUUUUUUGAUCAUUCUAGAAGGUUUUUUGUUUUUUAGUAUUUUCACGAAGUGCAUGGACUUUUUUUGACUUUCGCACAGUGCAUUUUGAACCUUUUCCCAGGCUUGUCGCUAACGCACAGUGCAUUUUCCUUUUUUUGCACAGUGCAAAACUCAAAAAAGCCGUUUGCACUGUGCAAAUUUAUGACACCGACCCAGCGACACGGUUGAAACUUCUUUUUGUCGCUGCGAUAUUUCGCCGCACAGUGCAAAAAAAACCAAAGAAAAAGGUGAAAUGCACAGUGCGGGAUGGGGUUUUUUGUGCACGGUGCGGGGCGCGACAAACCGGCAAGUGAAAAAUGCACUUUGCGUCGGCGACAAGCGUGGGAAAAAAAUCAAGAUGCAUAUUGAAAGUGCGAAAGCCAAAAAAUGCAAAAAAAGUCCAUGCACUUUAUGAAAUUGCUAAAAUGCACAGUGCAAGAUAGUAGUUCUCUUUGCACGGUGCGAAACGAAAAAAUGUCCAUACACUUUAUGGAAAUACUAAAAUUUACUUAUAGGUUCGCUCAGUCAGCCAUGGAGCAACAGCUGAGAAAUAUGACUCAAAAUUCGAAUUCGGCAAAGGUCAGUCAUCCCACUUUACUGACCUUGCAUUUAGGUGGCGCAGAAAAGAGGCAGAAAGCCCAAUAAGUCAUCAGAAUCUUCCGGUCGUCGGCGAAAUCGCCAGAUCUCGACCCCCGCCGAUCCUUCGGGCUCAGGAUUUCAACUCUCCAACAACAGUGUUGGCAAACCGUCGCCUAGGAGAAAUUCGGAUGCUCAUAAUGCAGCUAAGGUGUAUGUGGACGAGCAAGGUGAUGAUGAACAUGUGCCAGUUUACCAUGAAUUGGAGGUUGCGAGGGAUCUGAGAAGCAUUGAGAUGAUCAGAGAGUACAGAGGGUGAGCGUUGAGUUUCAUUGGUUUUUUGAAGCAUUUCUGCUUGAAAUAUGCAGUGCAUGUACAUAAUUAUGUUGUAAAGAUAAGGUAGUAUUCCCAGGAGAAUGCUCCAAGUGCAAUGCUAGUUUUUGAUGAAAGUUGGCACUAAUUUAGAUUAUGUUUUUCUAGGAUAUAUUAUGCGAGAUUUUUAGCUCUCUCUCUUUGCAGAAACGAAGGAGAUUUUUAGCUCUAAAGUUAAAAGAAAUGAGAAUGUCUUUUUCUGCCAAUUUUAGCAUGGACAGUUUCUUCCCUAUUUUUAUCGUAGAGAGUAAUGUUUCCACAAAAAACCAUAUUUUUUGUCUUAAAACCGGUAAAGAUUUGGCCAAAAAGUGUUUUUCUCGCCAAGUUUUAUUCAACUUUCGACCUAAAAAUCUCGGUCACUUCUGCAAAACGCGAUCUAGGACUUUCGAAUAUGCCUUCGGAAAAGUAAAAUUUGUCCCAAGUCUCAUCAAAACCUGAGAGUCGCACUUUGGGCCUUCCCUUCUUAAUCUUUCAAGCUCUCUGACAACCAGCUUUCUUUAGAUCCACACACAGCAUCCUCGGCUCUGAAAGCGAUGUUAUCGCUCGGUCAUCUACCGGAGAACUUUACCAACCGCCAUCCUCAACGCCGGCGUCAAUAAGCUUGAAUAAUCCGCUAGUCCACCCCGACUCCCUUUCAACUCAAUCCAACUACUUACAAGCCAAUGAAUUCAAACAAUUAUUCGAGUAUCUCGGCUAG